AUGACUGGACCCAACGCCACUAGCACUUCAUCUGCAGCUAAGAUGGGGCGGCACCGAUCCAAAAGUACCAGUGGCAGUACGUACUGCCACUCGAGCCCGGGUGCUGAAUCUGCCACCCUUAGCACACCCAACAACGCUGGACGUUCAUCGGGAGAAGAAGAUGAGAAAGAUGGGGGUGUGCUCUUUUACGUGAACAGAACUGGUUUUCCCAUUGAGGGUGUCACUUGGGAGAGGAUGUGGACUCAUGUAGCCAAAGUACACCCUGAUGGACAAGACAUGGUCAGCAAGAUAAGGAAUGCUGCAUACCUUCACAAAGUAAGUAUAGCCUCAAAGCCAGACAGAUAAGCAGUGAUAUUGUCAUAAAAAUCCUGUGCAAUUACCAUGUAAUAACCAACACUGACAUGCUUCAAAUUGCAAUUCAACAUAUAUAAUUUGCAAUUCCAUCCAUGCAAAGAAUCCAUCAACAACUGUUCACAGGACCAUAACAGGAUGAGUUGAACAUUUCCUCCUGAAAGUCUUUCCUGAUUAUGCUGUGGAGGAAUGAAGCAUUAAGGCAUGCAGACUAUUUCAGCCUGCCCCUGGCCUCCAACAGGACACUACAUUGUCUGAGUAAUUUCAUCAGAGGCCAGACAUAACUGGGACUGAGUGUCACCAAGCAGGGAUCAGUGUUGAGAGCCUUUUUCUCUGUCACUGGUGGGAGUGGGGCUGUGCUGAGAAAUGAGACUAUGGAGCAUUACAAUUAGUGUAUGUGAUGGCAAAUCCCAAGCUCAUAGCACACUGUCAGCUAUAUAAAGCAGAGCAUAUGACAACAAUGCACACAGGAAUCUUUGUAUUUGCCACGGUCUGUGUCCAUUCUUGGUGCUGCCUCUGUACUAGUUGUUGUAGCUAUGACCAGGGGCUGCUUUGGUGCUGCAUCAUCAAGGGACAGUGUGAAACUUGCUUUUAUGUUUAGUGUCUUAUGAACUACCGUUUGGCAGUCCACAAUAACAGUAACCUGUAGGCCUGGUCAGUCCUGUGGGAUUUCACUCAUGCUAUUAUAUACCAUUGUCCAUCAUCUAACCCUCUCCACUCAAGAAUAAACAAAGACAAACACUAUCUAUAGGCUAUGCCUUUGUGAAUAGGCGAAUAGUAGUUGUGUUCUGCAUUCUUACGCAAUACUAGGCGGUAACCUAACACUGUUUUGAGAAACACAAAUGGUGGAAAAAGUGUGAAAGGAGAAUGGAGUCUUGGAUAUCCCAGAAGUAACAGUGACCUAUAUUGAGUCCUUCUUGACCAGUCUGUGAUCUCCAGGUGCAGCCGUUGGGCUAUGUUACAGGCAGCUCAGGGAUAACCUCAAAGCCAGGGCCAGCGUCUGGGUGACUGUGUGGAGGAACGAAUGAGCAUUGCACUGCUGUCUGUGGAACUCACGCGUAUUCAAACAGAGCUAUAGGCUACAGAGAGAAACCUGUGAAGUCUCAGCACACUCUGAGGGCUGGAGGUGUGAUUAAAAUGCACCUCGUGAUCCAUUUUUUGCAGUCUUUGCAAUCUUGCAUUAGGAAAAGGGUUAGGAUUUUAUGUAUUUACCUGUAGACAUUCAUUGUUUUGGGAAUUUGAUUAAUGGUUCCACUGUCCCACCCAUAUGGCAUGUUGGUAAGAAGUUAGCAGAUUUGACUCUCGGUCUCCUGAAAUACUGUAUUUCUCUAUGUUCUGCUCUAUUGAUAUUGUGGUAACAUUACUAUGUCAUGUCAGGAAUGAUAACACCACUUCUUGAGCUCUGUGCCCUUACUUUGCCCUGAUUAUUUGAAGGGGUUGGUUGUGAGCGAACUAAUCCACCAUCUGGGAUUUGAGUCUAGGAUAAUCUCUAUAAUUCUUUCCAAAAAGCUUUUUACAGGAAACAAAACAGGCUUUCAGCCCAAAGCCUUCCAUUCUGUUUCAAACUUACCUCAUGCGUACCUCAUUGCGUCACAACAGGAUUUGGUUAGGCUGAACUGAUCUCCAAACGUGGUGCUACUGAGUGAAGAAUCAUUUAUGUAUUUGUUUUUAUUUCACAUGCAGUCCAAUGGGAGAAGGUUCAAUCUAAUGUUUUAUGCUUACAUGCACAUCACAUGGAAACCGCAAGCUACAGUGGGGGAAAAAAGUAUUUAGUCAGCCACAAAUUGUGCAAGUUCUCCCACUUAAAAAUAUGAGAGAGGCCUGUAAUUUUCAUCAUAGGUACACGUCAACUAUGACAGACAAAAUGAGAAAAAAAAAUCCAGAAAAUCACAUUGUAGGAUUUUUUAUGAAUUGAUUUGCAAAUUAUGGUGGAAAAUAAGUAUUUGGUCAAUAACAAAAGUUUCUCAAUACUUUGUUAUAUACCCUUUGUUGGCAAUGACACAGGUCAAACGUUUUCUGUAAGUCUUCACAAGGUUUUCACACACUGUUGCUGGUAUUUUGGCCCAUUCCUCCAUGCAGAUCUCCUCUAGAGCAGUGAUGUUUUGGGGCUGUCGCUGGGCAACACGGACUUUCAACUCCCUCCAAAGAUUUUCUAUGGGGUUGAGAUCUGGAGACUGGCUAGGCCACUCCAGGACCUUGAAAUGCUUCUUACGAAGCCACUCCUUCGUUGCCCGGGCGGCGUGUUUGGGAUCAUUGUCAUGCUGAAAGACCCAGCCAUGUUUCAUCUUCAAUGCCCUUGCUGAUGGAAGGAGGUUUUCACUCAAAAUCUCACGAUACAUGGCCCCAUUCAUUCUUUCCUUUACACGGAUCAGUCGUCCUGGUCCCUUUGCAGAAAAACAGCCCCAAAGCAUGAUGUUUCCACCCCCAUACUUCACAGUAGGUAUGGUGUUCUUUGGAUGCAACUCAGCAUUCUUUGUCCUCCAAACACGACGAGUUGAGUUUUUACCAAAAAGUUAUAUUUUGGUUUCAUCUGACCAUAUGACCUUCUCCCAAUCCUCUUCUGGAUCAUCCAAAUGCACUCUAGCAAUCUUCAGACGGGCCUGGACAUGUACUGGCUUAAGCAGGGGGACACGUCUGGCACUGCAGGAUUUGAGUCCCUGGCGGCGUAGUGUGUUACUGAUGGUAGGCUUUGUUACUUUGGACCCAGCUUUCUGCAGGUCAUUCACUAGGUCCCCCCGUGUGGUUCUGGGAUUUUUGCUCACCGUUCUUGUGAUCAUUUUGACCCCACGGGGUGAGAUCUUGCGUGGAGCCCCAGAUCGAGGGAGAUUAUCAGUGAUCUUGUAUGUCUUCCAUUUCCUAAUAAUUGCUCCCACAGUUGAUUUCUUCAAACCAAGCUGCUUACCUAUUGCAGAUUCAGUCUUCCCAGCCUGGUGCAGGUCUACAAUUUUGUUUCUGGUGUCCUUUGACAGCUCUUUGGUCUUGGCCAUAGUGGAGUUUGGAGUGUGACUGUUUGAGGUUGUGGACAGGUGUCUUUUAUUCUGAUAACAAGUUCAAACAGGUGCCAUUAAUACAUGUAACGAGUGGAGGACAGAGGAGCCUCUUAAAGAAGAAGUUACAGGUCUGUGAGAGCCAGAAAUCUUGCUUGUUUGUAGGUGACCAAAUACUUAUUUUCCACCAUAAUUUGCAAAUAAAUUCAUUAAAAAUCCUACAAUGUGAUUUUCUGGAAUUUUUUCUCUCAAUUUGUCUGUCAUAGUUGACGUGUACCUAUGAUAAAAAUUACAGGCCUCUCUCGUCUUUUUAAGUGGGAGAACUUGCACAAUUGGUGGCUGACUAAAUACUUUUUUCCCCACUGUAUCAUGCUCUAAAGAUAGGUCUAGUCUCUGUCCAAUACCCAACUAUCUUCUUGAGAGAGACAAAUGUCCAGGGUGUUUGGUGCUGCAAUCACAUCUUGGCUGUCUCUUUCUCUCAGGUUUCACUGAUGUCCCCUGGAGAAGUAAAGUUAGAUUAGAGUCACCACACAGGGGGCAGCCUGUUCGACUCCCACAUGACCUCUCUAAAGCUGGGGAACAGACAGGCGGGGUGGGGGACAGCUGGAUGGAAAAGGAGAAAGUCCCACUUUGAACUACCUUUUAAUUCCCGCGUGUCCACCUGUGAGGAGCAUAUGGUACGGCUACAGACAGACAGACCAUGCAUUGUCAGCCUCAGCCUUGUUCAGUGAGGUCACCAGGUGUUAAUACUAACCCACUUACUGCAGUGCUAAGGCUGAAAUUCAAUCUACAUUUCAAAGCUUGUGCCACUGCCACAAGUUCUCCAUUUCCCUCUGUGUAAUUGUCCUCUUUUUUAUAAUAAGUUGUCUUUCACACCUUAUAAUGAGGAAUGAAGUUGUGAGUCCCACACUCUUCCGUUCAGCUCCAGUAGUUUUCUGAGCUCCGCAGGGCACCCUCCUCUUCUCCAGAUUGGAGAAGAUGAAGAAAGAGGAGAAGGCAGACAGCUAAUUACACAGGGUGAAUUGGGAGCACUGUGUGUCACACUCCUUUGUACACUCUCUAAAAACUAACACUGCAUCUAAAUGAGAAUAUAACUAAAAUAAGAUGCACUUUAUUAGUCCACACGAGAAGGAAAUGUGUCUUCUGCUUUUAUCUUAUCCCCCCUUGAAAAGCAGAAGACACAUUUCCAUACUGUGACAAAUAUAUAUACUGUGUACAGUGCAUUCGGAAAGUAUUCAGACCCCUUGACUUUUUCCACAAUUUGUUACGUUACAGCCUUAAUCUAAAAUGGAUUAAAUACACAUUUUACUCAUCAAUCUACACACAAUACCCCAUAAUGACAAAGCAAAAACAGGUUUUUAGAAAUGUUAGCAAAUGUAUUUGAAACAAGGAACAGAAAUACCUUAUUUACAUAAGUAUUCAGACCCUUUCCUAUGAGACUCAAAAUUGAGCCAGGUACGUCUUGUUUCCAUUGAUCAUCCUUGAGAUGUUUCUACAACUUGAUUGGAGUCCACCUGUGGUAAAUUCAAUUGAUUGGACAUGAUUUGGAAAGGCACACACCUGUCUAUAUAAGGUCUCACAGUUGACAGUGCAUGUCAGAGCAAAAACCAAGCUAUGAGGUUGAAGGAAUUGUCCAUAGAGCUCAGAGACAGGAUUGUGUGGAUGCACAGAUAUGGGGAAGGGUACCAAAAAAUGUCUGCAGCAUUGAAGGUCCCCAAGAACCCAGUGGUCUCCAUCAUUCUUAAAUGGAAGAAGUUUGGAACCACCAAGACUCUUCCUAGAGCUGGCCGCCCGGCCAAACUGAGCAAUCGAGGGAGAAGGGCCUUGGUCAGGGAGGUGACCAAGAACCUGAUGGUCACUCUGACAGAGCUCCAGAGUUCCUCUGUGGAGAUGAGAGCACCUUCCAGAAGGACAACCAUCUCUGCAGCACUCCACCAAUUAGACAUUUAUGGGAGAGUGGCCAGACGGAAGCCACUCCUCAGUAAAAGGCACAUGACAGCCCACUUGGAGUUUGCCAAAAGGCACUUGAAGGACUCUCAGACCAUGAGAAACAAGAUUCUCUGGUCUGAUGAAACCAAGAUUGAACUCUUUGGCCUGAAUGCCAAGCGUCACGUCUGGAGGAAACCUGGCACCAUCCCUACGGUGAAGCAUGGUGGUGGCAGCAUCAUGCUGUGGGGACGUUUUUCAGCGACAGGGACUGGGAGACUAGUCAGGAUCGAGGGAAAGAUGAAGGGAGCAAAGUACAGAGAGUUCCUUGAUGAAAACCUGCUCCAGAGUGCUCAGGACCUCAGAUUAGGGCGAAGGUUCACCUUCCAACAGGACAACAACCCUAAGCAUACAGCCAAGACAACGCAGGAGUGGCUUCAGGACAAGUCUCUGAAUGUCCUUGAGUGGCCCAGCCCGAGCCCGAACUUGAACCCAAUCGAACAUCUCUGGAGAGACCUGAAAAUAGCUGUGCAGCGACGCUCCUCAUCCAACCAGGUAAACUGUGCAGGCAAGGAGAUUGAAUUUAAAACAAGUGAAAUUUAUCUUGGUGUGUCCCUAGAUCAAUCCCUUACUGGAGACCUGAUUGCUGCUCAAAUUAUUUCUAAAAUGGCGAACAAAUUGAAAUGUUUAUAUCGUAACACUUGAUAUUUUAACAUCAAAGUUAAGAAACUGCUUGUCUCAACCUUGAUUCAGUGUCAUUUUGAUUAUGCAUGCUCUGCUUGGUAUAGCGGGCUAUCAAAAAAGCUGAAAAAGAGAAUGCAGGUCAUGCAAAAUAAUGUUAUCAGGUAUAUGCUGAAUGUCCCCCCUAGGACCCACAUAGGGGUACAGGAGUUCCGGGAGGUGGGCUUGUUAUCUUUGGAGUCCAGAGUGGACCAACUUAAACUUAAUCAUAUGUUUGACAUCUUAAAUGAUCGUGCCCCAGGUUAUAUGAAAAACCACAUUGAUAUGGUUUUGUUAUGUCUUGCUAGUGUUAUGUCUUGUAAAAUCCCAAGAGUAAACAGUAUUGCAAGGAGCACAUUUUUCUAUACAGGCAUUUGUCUAUGGAAUAACCUCCCCUUGGAGAUCAAGCAAAGAAAAAGUAGAAAUAGCUACAAAGCAGGCAAAGGUUUUCAUUUGGACAAGGUUGUCUAGGUAAGAGAAACCAAUCUACUGCCCUUUGUGCCCCCUACUGCUGGUCAGGUGUUUUUAUUUGAAUGAUAGGUAUGAUGUGCAAUGAAUAGAUUGUUUUAAUGUCUAAUUAAUAUGGUUCAUUUUUAAGGUUAGGGAAAAGUGCAGUGAAUAGUGCCACUUUUUAGUAUGUCAAUAUACAUGAAUGUAUUUAUGGUUGUUUGUAAUUUUUUCUUGCCUUUUAAUCAUUAUAUGUGUUACUGUUUUUACCAUCGAGGACUACUUUGGAAACAAGCAUUUUAAUUAAUACUUUCAAGUGAUAUCCUCUGGGUCCACAUUGUACAUUUUGUUGUAUAUGUCUGUUACCCAAAAUAAAUUCAAUUAAAUUCAACCUGACAGAGCUUGUGAGGAUCUACAGAGAAGAAUGGGAGAAACUCCCCAAAUAUAGGUGCUCUAAGCUUGUAGCGUCAUACCCAAGAAGACUCGUGGCUGUAAUCGCUGCCAAAUGUGCUUCAACAAAGUACUGAGUAAAUGGUCUGAUUACUUGUGAUAUUUCAGUUUUUUUGUUUUAAUACAUUUGCAAAAAAUUAUAAAAACCUGUUUUUGCUUUGUCAUUAUGGGGUAUUGUGUGUAGAUUGAUGGAAAAAAAAACAAUUUAAUCAAUUUUAGAACAAGGCUGUAACAACAAAAUGUGGAAAAAGUCAAGGGGUCUGAAUACUUUCCGAAUGCAAUGUACAUUCCUACUGUGUGACCAUGCUGAACAUCCAGUAUAGGAUUCACCAGUUCAGUUGGGAAGGUUGUCCUUACUGCUACUGCUCACUACAUAUCUUCCUAAUUGCCUCCAAUUAAGUUGCCAGAACCCUCUUCCUAUCUUGGCAUUAGCCCUCAGGUGUCGCUUGCUAUCAACUCACUUCUUUAAUGCCAAAAGAAACUAGACAGGAUCUACCAUUUCUACAGAUAAUUAAAUGUAUCUGAGGCACUUGUGUGUGAAAUCAGUAGUUCUCAAUUUGCUCUGCUAUAGGAGAAUCAGUACAAGCAAGCAUACAUUUGUUGUUAUAGCUUGAAUUGGCGAAGAUCGGACCUUUUUAGUCAUGCUACAUAUUUAGUCAUAUCCCAGCACUGGGAUUCGAACCAGCAAUGUAAACUUGAGGAAAACACUAGUUAGGGGCAGCGCUUCUCUAACCUCGAGGGAACAGCUGCCCCUACUAGUGUUUUCCUCAAGUUUACAUUGUUCUAUUAAAGAUGGAAUCCGCAGUAGAGGAAACAGCGCCACUGUCCGCCCAACACCGCCAUUCACUGAUGUUUUGUUUUGUUGACAAAGCGGAGGUGAGGAGCGGUGUGCACCGUGGUAUUUUUCUUUGUUAGGACAUUUACAUAUUCUGCUGUUCUAUCGCACGUGCAAUGAUGUCCCCCCCCCCAAAAAAUACUGUGUUGAUUCUUUGCAGUAACUUCUUUGUUGUUGUAAUAUUGCAAAUGGAUGUGGCAGUUUCACCAUUAAGGAUUCCAGCUUUAAGCAUCAAUUAAGUUAUUCUAAGACGGUUGUGUUAUUACAUUGCUAUAUGUGAUGUGGUUGGCUACACUUUGAGAAGAUGCCUGAUACCAAGCACUAGGAAAUCCUUUCCUCAGUCAGCACUCAUCCUCAUCCUCUCAUCCCUCCAUUUGCUGUGGAGAGAGAGAUAAAGAGAGGGAGAGAAGAAAUAAAUAACCCCGUAUUCCUUCCCUGACCCAGCAGAAUUCUGUUCCAUUCCUGGUUCUCCACAGUGGAGAUAUCGCUGGCAGGGGGAUUGUGUGAGGGAUUAUAGAGAAAUAAGACCCAGUGCCACUGACUGCUGAAUAUUACACUUAUUUUUCAGCAUUUUCAUUUGCACAGGUUUGAUUUAAUGCUUUUAAAAUGAGCCUGUGUGAUGAGAGAGAGCUUAGAGCCCUAUCUGUAGGGGGUAGAGCGCUUAGAGCCCUAUCUGUAGGGGGUAGAGCGCUUAGAGCCCUAUCUGUAGGGGGUAGAGAGCUUAGAGCCCUAUCUGUAGGGGUAGAGGGCUGAUGAGCCCUAUCUGUAGGGGUAGAGCGCUUAGAGCCCUAUCUGUAGGGGUAGAGGGCUGAUGAGCCCUAUCUGUAGGGGGUAGAGAGCUUAGAGCUCUAUCUGUAGGGGGUAGAGAGCUUAGAGCCCUAUCUGUAGGGGUAGAGGGCUUAGAGCCCUAUCUGUAGGGGGUAGAGAGCUUAGAGCCCUAUCUGUAGGGGGUAGAGAGCUUAGAGCCCUAUCUGUAGGGGUUAGAGAGCUUAGAGCCCUAUCUGUAGGGGUAGAGGGCUGAUGAGCCCUAUCUGUAGGGGUUAGAGAGCUUAGAGCCCUAUCUGUAGGGGUAGAGGGCUGAUGAGCCCUAUCUGUAGGGGGUAGAGGGCUGAUGAAGGACAAACCUUAUUUUCCUCUUCAUCUCACCUUGAUUGCUUUGGGUUUCUCUUUUCCUCCCCACACAAAAUAAACACAUUUGCUAUCUCUCUCACGCCCUCUUUCUCUGUACCUGUUAGGCCUUUGAUCCAGUGGCUGUAUUGUUCUCUGUUGAGUCAGAUACUACACAAACCUGGUUGAAAGGAUCAGAGUGUGUGUGUGUGUGUGUGUGCCAUUGAUUCAUCACAGAAACAGACCAAACAAUGACUAACUAGAAUGACUGAUAUCCUGGAAAGGAAAUGUCUUUCCUCUGGGUUUAGGGCAUGGUACUCUGUCAUUAGUUUGAUCUAUCACCUCAGGCUUUCCAAAUAGAGCAUAGUAGGGUUUGUGUGACUGAGCCAGAGGGCUAAACUGUUUGUCUUGGGCAUGACACCAGACUCCUCAGAUAAGCUCUGUUUUACAGCUCUGUUGAGAAGAGAAACAACCCUGAGGAAAUUACAUAGCGUUUAGUCUACUGGGUCCCCUUCCUUCACACACACACACACACACACACACACACACACACACACACACACACACACACACACACACACACACACACACACACACACACACACACACACACACACACACACACACACACACACACACACAGAAAUAUGUUUGUUUUUCUGGUUCUGACUGAGUCAAUGACUGUACAAUAAAAUGGAAGCCAAACAUUUUAUGAGACAAGCACAGUUUUAGCCUCAGCCGUAGUCAUUGAUACAGCUGUUCUACAGCGUUUCUUUCAGACCUUCAAUAUUGCCACAUGUUUAUGUUUCCACCACCACCAAGAUAAACUCUAACACAGUCUUUUUUUGUCAUCCCACAGCACCCUGUGCCAUUGGUCCCCAACUUCAAGCCCUCCAUGUCUGUCCCUGCCUGGCUGCUGGCCAUCCAGAACUACAUGAAGACACUGCAGUAUCCUUUCCCUGCCGAGCCCGCAACCUGCCACCUCCCUUCCCCUCCUCUCUCACAGAACACGCUGAGAAGAGAGAAACCACAGCUCCUUUUAGCACACAGUGUCCUGCUAUAGCUCAUUACAGAUCUGUGACACAUUUCACACUGUUUAAUUCAGUCUGGAGCCCUGGGGGUUGCACAGUACGUAUGCAGUGUGUUAGCUAGCUAACACUGUGUCAAGGUUUUCAGGUGGGCUUAAUUUGUUGUGAUUGUAGCCAGGGGAGUGCAGGUGCACCAACUGCCAUAGCAACAGGUGAUGCUUGGGUCUGUAAAUAAUGUCACAGUACUUUAUAGUCUGCACUCUGUUAACUGCAGGAGACACAUUCAGAUGGAGAGCCAUAGUUUUCUAAUUAAUUUCAGUUAGACUUGACACACGGCAGUUAGGGAAUUUUUUUAAUGAAUUAGGUCUUCAAGGUACAGUUUAAUUUCUCUCAAAUAUUCAUAAACCUCUAGCCUACAAUACAUUACAUAAACUUGAUAUCAGAAACAUCACCAUUUUCCUCUCACCCAACCCUUGUAAAUGAUUACAGACCCCUUUGAAUGCCCCUUAACUGUCUGUCAGAUACAAUCACACAGGAACUCAGUUCUUUGAGAUAAGGAAAACCAGACCAUUGUGUGGGUAAGUUUGGCUAUGAGGUCAUUUCUGUGGUAUUUUCAUUGGUUUGUCUUUGUGUCUUUACUGUGUCUGCCACUGUACCGAGCCAGGAGAGAGGUCCCACUACUCUGUGAGACAACAUCAUUUAUCUGUAGAAGAAAAUAGGCCAGUUCAUAUGUUUAAAAUAGCUGUCCUCUGCCUCUUUCUGUGUCCUUUACCCAGAGUACACAUGCUAUGUGCAUGUACUCUGCAAAGACAGCCAGGACAUUUAACGUUUGAUCGAAAAUAUUUCGUAUUUAGAAGAUGGUGCUUUCAUUAGUGUGCUUGGCUUGUACUUGAAACAUUUGAAGUCAAUCAAACAGGGGUUUGUUGUAAUCCUGUUUGUAUAACACAAUUGUGUCAUUGUCAGUAUAAGGCACCAAAGGGGACCUUGUAUGAAACAAGAAUAUUCACUAUCAUCUUUGUUCUCUUUCAGGUUGAUGGAGACUGCGAGAGAAAUGAUCAGGGAAUCUCUUCCAAUCAAAUGCCUUGAAGCUGUCAUCCUUGGAAUGUAUCCUUUCUUUGUCUGUAGGCACAGUCAUAGAUACACAUUAACCAGUGGGAGUUAGAGCUGAUCUGUUUCAGGUCAGGAGGUGCCAGAUGAAACCCCUGAAAUCAAUUAGAUGCAUCCAGUUGUGCGACUGACUAGGUAUCCCCUUUCCCUUUAAUGUUCCCCCUUAGGCCAAUAAGGCUCACAUAUUUCCCUGUUGCUAGGAAACAAGAGUCUGAAAGUUCAAAAUGUAACUUCCCUCCUUGCAUAUAGGCAGGCAGAGCAAAGUUUCUGCAGCGCCUUACACAUUGCCAUUUAGAGCCGUUUGGCUGCUGGGCCUUUUCACAAACGGUUACUGUCACGUCCAAGCCUGAUCUUUCUCAGGGCACAGGUUUAUCCUCUGUCAAAAUUGCAGGUUGGUCUCACUUUUGAAUAAAGAGACUGUGUCUGUUGUGUCUGUUGACUUUACAGGCUUUUCUCUUGGUUUAUCCCACUGGGCAACAUCUGGUUUUCAUUUACAUUUGGUUGAGUUGAAUUAAAUGUGAAAUAAUAAAAUAAAUGUAAUCAUGUCAUUGGAUUUAGGUUAAAAAUACAAAAUUCCCUUACGUUAUUGACUUUUAUUCAAAUCCAAUCAGUUUUACAUGUUGAUUCAACAUCAUCACAUUGAAUUAUUGGGUUGAAAUGACAUGGAAACAAUGUUGAUUCAACCAGUUUUUGCCCAGUGGGAUGUCAUAGGCUUAAGUCCAAGUCUGUCAGGUGAGACCAAACCUGUUAACCCUCAUUGACAAAGAUGAUUAGCUUAAUGAUGCUUUGACUUGCAACAGACUUUCUCUGAUCUCCUAGAUGAAAGAGACAGCCAAGCUGUAUGCUAAGAUACAAAACCAGUUGAUAUGUUCAGAUACUCACUGACUACACUCAGUUCAUGCAUUAUUAAUAGGGAGAAAAAUAGAGACUCAGUUGUUACAGCAUGGCUCUUAGUUCUGUUCUGUUAAUGGUUGAGUAGAUGGAGUGUUGUAUACUCAUGUUUAUCUUAUGAUACAACCUGUUUCCCUCAAGAUCAACUACUACAGCCUUGUCUUUGUGUUGAGCUGAAGCCAUCGGUAACUUGGUGCAUUAGUAGGUCCUCCCAAGGCAGAUUCCUCUACUACAGAUAAGAGAUUCUGAGCACAAUAGCCUAAGAUGCUUAUCGCAGAGAGGAGAAACAGAGUUUAUGUUUUUUUAAGGAAGGGUAAUCUAACUCUGUUUCAUCAGGUUUUGGACAUAUUUCAUUCAAUCUUUUGAUCAGCCAGGGCCAUUAACCAGAGCCUAGAUUUCAAAUGCAUGAAAUCAUGUGAUUUAGUACAUGAAAAAGUUCCAAGUUGAAAUCCAAGUUGUAAUGGAACUAUGUAUGCUCUUAUUAUUGUCACACAUUUAAACCAUUUGUUUUUGCCUGUUACGAGGAUUGAUAGAACAUCAAAGAAUUAGGGUAAGUGAGGGCACAUCAUUUUAAUACUUUAGAAAACAGUGAAUGUACUGGAUCAGGGGUCACUGGCAGUCUUGUCCCAGCAGGAUGUUUAGAUGUUUAUUGCGGGUUGGAAAAUGAAAGUUUCUCCUUUCACUUACUGAUUGAAAUGUGGUUUUAAAAACCAUUUUAAGAGGGGCAGCAGAUGGUUUUACUAAAGUGCUGACCCUCCUCUUGACCCCACAGUGGUGCAUCAUGGAUCAUAUUUACUCUGGGCCAUCUCCCACACAGAGCAUCAUGGCGACCGAGCAUGCAUGUAUCUUAAUCUUCCAAACACUGACAGAGUGUUUAUCAUAUAACUGGAGAUAUGCUGUUCUGUUGGAGAAGGGUUUAGGGGGCAGUUAAAAGGCGUGUAAUUAAUAUUUGCAAAGUCUCCCUGGGGUUUGCCCAGCUCAGGUGACAAAGCAGCAGAGAGUGUGGGGGGUAGUGCUGCUAGAGCUAGUACACACAGGCCUUAUAGAGUAUACUUCUCUUGGCUUGGUUUCUAUGGCAACAAUAAUCCUCCCCAGGUGACGGAAAGAGCUCUUGCCUGGUGGCAGAUAAGAGGACUUGAAGAAGUAUGCUACUAUUGGGGUUGCGGUGUAUCACAUGCCUUGCAUCAUGGGUAAUAUGUGCUAUUUGUGUAGUUAGUUAAUGGAGCAUUCAUUAUGGAGAAGCAAUGGGGGGACUCCCUGUGUGUGUGUGUGUGUAGACAGACCCAGCUACCACAGGGGAGGACAGAGGGGCUUUCUUUUUUUCUGUUGCUCUAACUGCCGCCUCAAUGAAUAAUCACACCAACGUUCUGCAACCGAUGCCGCACUGCGCUCGCUACUCUGUGAAAAAACAAGGUGUCAGAAAAAAAGUAUUCUUUCUGAGGGCGAUUAUUUCUGCUGUCUGUUUGGAUUCUCCCAACGUUGGGUUUGUUUCUCAUGCGAAAACAGAGUGUGACUGAUCAAAGUGUUGGUGUGAACUACCAUAACCUCCUUUCAUGAUGCUUCCUGUCCUGUGGUGAUCUUAAAUAAUACCUGUCCCUCUUCUCUCAAACCUCAAGAGUUCUCAUCUUCAAAUGGGAUAUGCCCACUUGAUUUAGUCGAGGCUUCCUCUGUAAAUAUUGCUCUACAGGCAUCUUGCUUGUGAAACAUGACUCGUGACCAUACACGAACGCUACAAAGACACCUUUUAAUUAUGUAUGUUAUGGAAGGGAAUCCCCAAAGCAGCCGUUAAACUGGUGGUGAAGCUCUGUCGGCUGGCCUCUAUGAUUAUUUAAAGAAAGUACAGUGCUGAGGUGGGCGGCUUGUAGAGAUGACGGACAGACGUUCUGGCCAUUGAGAUGGCUUGGUGUGGAGAGAUAAAAUUUUUAUAAAAGAUGGUUGCUGGUAGCUGAGAGGAAACAGAGCCAAGCCACAAACCAGUCAGUUUGUGCUGAAAUGUGCUCCCUCUCUCAGAUCCAAUGUAUUAUCUCAACCACAGUAGCAGCCAGCUUGUGUUAUUAUUACUGCACAACACUGCAGAGUGAGGGCGCAGCGAAAACAGCCUGCUUGUUGAAAACAUGAGACAACAUCAUUACUGAUGAUGAUAUAGAUUAGUGGAUCAUAGCUCAUACAUGCAUAAUAUAUGUCUGGAUGAUGAUGAGGUCAUUAUCACAGAGUACUGCUGAGGCUAAUGGUUGGUAGUGGGUCAAACUCUGAUCUGAUUGACCCUUUCUCAGGUCAGUCAGUGGGGCUGCCAGUUGCUUUUUACUGGUCAUUAGGUCACUGACACACACAUUGGAGUUUCAUAUUCUUGUGUGUGUCACUAUAUUGCCUCUACUGCCUCAGGACCUGGACAGUCCCAGAUAACCCAGCUCCAAGUCUGCCAUGUCUCCCUCCGCCCCCCUCUCUCCUGGGAAGGACAUAUUUGUCCAAUCUGCCGCAUCGUGUGCAGCCCAGCCACGCUGCAGUGGAUCCACAGGCCAGUUACAUAAUAGUUCUGGGGAGCCACGGCACAUACAGAGUAUAAGCCCCAGGGAGAGACAAGGCUAGCCUGGUGUGCACUCUGUGAGACACUAGAUGCCACGUUAGGACACCACAGCUAUUUAUUCCUGGGACUUUUAGGAAUAACAGUCUGAGUGUGAUGUUGAGUCUGGCUACUUUCGAUUGCAAUAUGUAUAUACUGUAUACUCGCUUUUGUUUGAAAGUUCAUUUAUCUGUUUUGUGAUAGUAUCCCAUCCUAUGAUGUGCUGAUUUGGAAUGAUGAAUGUCUUGUAAAAAAAAUUCUGCUCCUGCAGAGAUGUACUACAGUCUGUCUGCUGUAAUGAAGCUGAUAUAAUGAAUGUUACACCUCUCAGCUCCGAGCCCUCUCAUUCACUCCCUCCAUUAGCUGAUUUGAUUUCGAGAGAGCGUGAAUGUGGGCGUGUUUGGGUUCGAAGACAAGCCAGUCUUACUAAAUCUGCUACUCCAUUAUUCAAACAGCCAAUGCCAGUUAGCUAAUGAGUUUAUGGAAAUAAUAUAAUUAAUUUGUGAGGGGGCUUAACACUGGCCUGGAUAUGCUCCUUUCUCUCUCUCUCUCUCUCUCUCUCUCUCUCUCUCUCUCUCUCUCUCUCUCUCUCUCUCUCUCUCUCUCUCUCUCUCUCUCUCUCUCUCUCUCUCUCUCUCUCUCUCUCUCUCUCUCUCUCUCUCUCUCUCUCUCUCUCUACUGCUGGUAAACAGCAGUAAACAUCAAGUGAUUACCAUUCAGGAGAUUAUUAGGGAGUAUUAAAUCUCUGAAAAGUUGUAAGUUGUUGUUGAUUAUGCUAUUGAUGCUAACCCCUUUAACCAUGGGGCUUUAGCUCUGACCUAUGUAUGCCCUUUUUUUCUUUCACUCUUUCUUUCUUUCUUUCUUUCUUUCUUUCUUUCUUUCUUUCUUUCUUUCUUUCUUUCUUUCUUUCUUUCUUUCUUUCUUUCUUUCUUUCUUUCUUUCUUUCUUUCUUUCUUUCUUUCUUUCUUUCUUUCUUUCACUCGCUCUCUCUUUCUGUGUAUAAAAUUAUAGCCAUUUAGUAGACAGCAUUAAAUUCCCUGAAACUGUUGUUGUUGCUAAUGAUGCCAGUUAACAUCCUUGACCAUGGUCAUGCCAGAUAUUUGACCAACGGACUGAUGUCGGUGGAGCGUUUCCCCAUCAGCUUCAAGACCCAGUUUUCAGGGAACCACUUCCACCACGUGGUGCUGGGCGUCUACUGCAACGGACGCUAUGGCACGCUGGGCAUGAGCCGCCGCCAAGACCUCAUGGACAAGGCCCUGACCUUCCGCACGCUCAGCGAGCUGGUGAUGGAGUUUGAGGACUCGUACCGCCGCUACCAGCACACACUGAAGAAGGUGAAGAUCGGCCUGUACGUGCCCCACGACCCGCACGUCUUCCAGCCCAUCGAGUGGAAGUACCUGGUGCUCAACGCCGCCCGCCUAGGGAGAGAAGACAUGAGGAAGGAGCUGGAGAAACAUGGCCGAGACAUGAGGAUGAAGGUGACAUGUUGUUGUCCUACUUUCUCAAAUUUUCUCAUGUAGGCGGACAUGAGAGGUCAUAUGUGUCAAACUUGAUUACUUGACACCUCACUGCCCUUUUUUCAUACAUUUCGCCCGUUUAGUAUCUACAACACUGUAUGUACUGCUGUGGAUGCCCAAAUACUAUAUUUCACAAGUCUUUGAAAAAUACUCUGAAUUUUAGGGUACAGUAUACAACUUGAACUCUGUUAGGGUGAAAAUGUUCACCACAAUAGAUAAGCUCUCUAGUCUAAUGUCCCGGGGUCAUUCCUGAGGGAACGUUCAACUCGUUAGUGUUGCUUUGGCUUGGCUUCCGUCUGGAAUUCCCCCUUAGUUCCCUGUCUGAAACCAGGGCGGCUGCCACGGAGGGGCGAUGGGUGUAAUAUGAAAUGUCAGGGAUAAUUAAGGCCAGAGUUCCCCUCAGUGGAAGAGAGAGUGAGAGAGAGAGAGAGAGAGAGAGAGACAGAGACAGAGACAGAGACAGAGACAGAGACAGAGACAGAGACAGAGGACAGAGAAGCUGGAUGGUUGGACCACGUCUCCCAGAUUUCUCUGCCUCAGCUGUAUCGUGUUGGUUGUUGGGGGAUGGUAGUAGGAUGGUGCGGCUGACUAUCACAGCAACAGUAAAUGUAGGUCGUGUUCCCAGCUGCCCUGCGCUGGAGAUACAGCCUUGACCUUUGUAUUUGACCUCUCGUCAGCUGUACAUAGUUCACAUACAUACCGAUAUUACCGUAUUUCUGGAAGCUGAAGAACUCACCACGACCCUUUUUCUUUUUAGAACUAGUAAUAGGGACAUUAGUGUAAAAACACUCAAAAGCCAUUUGGGAAAUUAAUCUAGUGUGUCUUCUAUGCACAACACAGACAGAGAGCUUGCAUUUCAUACAGUAUAGCAGAUCAGUGUUUGUCCUAUAACCCUCCCCCACUACAGCACACACAUCCUUAUAUCUAUUACCAAUCUUAUGACUAACAUCCUGCCUGUGCUCUCAGCUGCAUGUGGUUUCUGGAGCACGGAAUAUGAGCUGCUUCCUGUAUGUUCAUUCCAGGAAAUAAGUUUCAUGAUUUUUCUCCAGUCUCCUCUGAACUGUCAGUCUGGAGUGAGCUCUCAUUAGGUUUCUACCAGGACGGGGUGACCCUGAAACUCUAAUUCUGCUAAUCAAACAGCGGAUGUUAGUAAUAUGUCAGUGUGACUCCUCCUGAUUCUCUCUUUCAGUGCCUGUAGUGUGUGUGUUUGUGCUUGUGUGCGUGUGUGCAUGGGUGCCUAUGUGUUUUUGCCUCUGUGUGUGCCUAGAAACUGCCUAUAUGUGCCGGUGUGAGCCCAUGGGUAAUUGAGUUUGCAGAGGGAGUUGACUAGUGGGCUGAUUGGGUUAAUGGGGUAUCAUCAUGUUAAUGAGGGCACUGCCUGGGAGGUUGCCUUCAUUACUGUCUGUUAGUGUCUUUACUAAUGAAGAGAGACAUUCUCGGCUCUCCUCUCCAACGUCUCUCCACUCCCCGCAGCGUCGACAUCCCCUCUCCUCUUCUCCCUACAUUGAUUCACAGACGGCUCCUUUACUCACUAUGUCUCUGAGAUCCAACUGUGUCAUUAAAAGUUAACUUCUUCAACUGCUCUUUUUAUUGAAGUGGAACUUUUAAUUUCCCCAGCCCAAUGGCCUGCAGCAAAUGGGCCCACUGAAUGGUGAACAUGUCUGCUAAUAUAUAUAUUUUUUUUUUAUUGCAACGCCUCCUGUAGCUUGCAGCUUUAAACAAAACAACACUUAAAUAUCAGUGCGGUAAAGAAACUGCAGCUCAAACUGGAUCUUAUCCAUUAGAUUCCAUAUCUAAGUCUUAUUCUGUUGUUUUCUCUCAGAUCCUGAAGUCAUCGAGUGCCCAGUCUCCCAUCAAAGAACGGACCAGAGGCAAGUCUCUCUCCCCCCGCCGCCGACAGAGCAGCCCCCAAAGAUGCCACAUCCACCGGAGAGACAAGUCGUAAGUAUCCCUGGGAAUCAAUCUUAGGUUAUUAGCAUCAUUGAAACAAAAGGUGGAAGGUGGAAUGGCCUUUCUUAGAUCGUUUUACAUUGAUAUCUCAACACUCCCUAACAACUAGGAAGAGUUCGCAUCAGGUUACUUUUGAAGAAAAUAUAAUUUCUUGGAAAUCAUUAGUUUCAUGUUUUAUAGUCACAAAUCUUGAGGUUAGAGUUCAUUAAAAUAUUUUCUUAGAGAUUUAAUUAAAAGUUGGGCAGGUUUUAAUUAAAAGUAAGUGAAUCUAAAGCAGAUCAGAUUGGAUAUGCAUGAGUGAGAUGAAUAAUUCAAAUCAACUGUUGAUUAUCACAACUAUAAAACCUCUCAAUGUCCCAUCUUCAUUACUUGGCUAAACGCUAUAAUGUUAGAGAGAGAGGAAUUGGCAGUGUGUCUAUACUAUGUUUUUCAUCCUCUUUUCAUAUCAAUGAGGGCACCCAGCUAGCACAUUUGGUUCCUUGGAAGUUGUGGGAACGUACGUUUUUGGUUUCCCAUUGGUUCUGGGAAUGCAGCCAUUUGUUUCCUGACCAGUAAAACAGAACGUUUUUUAAACGUUCUGAGAAUGGAAGUGAAAAUGUAGCCUGUUCUGGGAAUGUUAAUUUUGAGGUUGCAGGGAGGUUCUGAAAACGUUGUACUAUGGUUCCCUGAAAGUUUACCUGGGAGGUUUUAUUAACGUUCUGAGAACUGAAAUUAUAGGUUAUUUUGAGGUUUUUUAAGAACUUCCUUAAAAUGUUCACUGAAUGUUUCAAUAAGACUUUCAAUAACUUGCUAGCUUAAUUUGGGUUAAUUGUAUUGAACUCCAAGUGCAGAUAGGACUAAUGAAAAUUAAUCAUUCAAACACAUUUCUUUUUGAUUGUGGCACGGCAUCAGUGAGAUUUCAACCUAUGAUCUACUGUUCUCUAUCCAUUGAAUUAGUCCACUGCGCCACCAGGAUGGAGCUAGCAUGCCAAGUUUUUUUAAACUAAUACAAAGCUGUUAAUUUUAGUCUAUUCAAACAGACCCCAUUUCAAAGGAAGCAAGCACUUGUUAAGAUCAGGUGUGGCCAAUUAGUGGGCGUGACCAACAUUCCUGAACACACUUAACAAGAUUGAACGUUACUAAUGUUUUCUUGUGGUUUUUAUGGAAUGUUUUGUUAAUGUUCCGAGAACAUGACUUUAAAUAGAACCAUGCAGAAACCUGCAGAAACAUUUUGCUGAAGUACUGAAAUUCCCACAGAAUAAUGUUGUUUCUAAACGUUGUCUGAACUUUUUUAGAACAUUACUUUAAAUAGAACCAUGAGGAAGCCUGUAGGAAACGUUAUGCUGAAGUACUGAAAUUCCCACAGAAGAACGUUGUUUCUUAACGUUCUCUGAAUUAUUUGAGAACAUUCCCAAUGUCAAACCAGUUGGAGAACGUUCCUAGAACAAUACCAAACAUGUAAUUAAAUGUAACAUGUUUGAAAUUUUAUGAAACCUUCUGUUAAAGUAAUGAAAUACCAAGAAAAUUGCGUUAUUUUGUCAAGUUCCUUAAAUGUGCGGAAUGUUCCAAAGCCAAGCAACUAUCCUGCAUCAUUCCCAGAACAUUGUGGGAUGGUUGUAUGCAAAAUAACCCUAGGACAACUACGCUUUCACCAAGCUAUAAGAAAAAUAUGGUUCUCAGAACAUUAUGUGCUAGCUGGGCAUGGAACCCUGACACACUGACUGAAGUUGCUGACUGUAGCCCUUUACAUUAGUACCCGUAUACGGGUUGAAAAUGGAAAAUUUGGGCACGAAUAAGCAGCUAAAUUGGAACGUAGUAGCUGUACAGUAACAUGCUAUACAUGACGUCAGAGCUUUGGCUCUGUGCUUCACAGCGCUGUAUGGGUUUUGACUGACAGACAUUCUGAACUUCAACACGCGACAAGAAGUUGCCAACUUUUGCACUUUUUUUGUUGUCUGAGUGAGGGAAAUGCUGUAAAUUAAGAUGACUCAAUGUAUUUUGAAAGAUGAGACAUUCAUGAUUAUAAAAAAUACCGCUUUAAUGUCAUACAAGCAAACCAUACACCCGUGAGCCCAAAUGUGGACUUCACAUUUCAUAAAACUCAUGUCAUAUAGUGUCAAUGUUUAUGAUCACUAUGUUUGAUGUACAGUUACAAGAUGACAUGGAUUCAUGACCUGGGUUGUUCUGAACAGAAUUAGCCUAUUUUUCUUUAUUGUGAAGAAAAUGUGCCACUGCACACUCACCUGAAUGCACUCAUGACUCCUUUCUACCCGUACCAAAAUUACAAUCUGUUUCUCUGAAUUGCCUUGUGAAUUCCUAACACAUAUUUUAUAACUUAGCUAGUCAUGUUGGUAAUAGAACAAGCUUUCAAAUCAUGCCCAUCUGAACCAGAUUACGAUUUAUAAUGGACCGUUUUUGGAUUGCAUAAACAUCAACAGUAAUUGUCUGAUGGGAGGGAUGCAGGGUUGUGUUCCAAACAGAACAACUACAAGUGUGCUUGCUCUAGUUCAUCAACGGCACAGCUAGGAGAGCUAAAAAAAAGUUCAUUGAAAGUGCUUAAGAACAGUGCACACUUUGGAGAGGUGUGUGGCCACUUGGAGACACCAGUUAGUUCCCUCACCCAAACCCUUGUACAUUUUUUGUCUUAUGCUACACCUACUGUAUAUUUUCCAGGAAUAGUCUUAUCAUGUUACUGAAUGUAUCCAGAGUAUUAUCAACAAAUGCGGUGAAAUGUACAGUAAAUGUAAAAUGCACAUAAAAUCAACCAUGUAAUGUUUGGAAUCAGUCUUGUGUCAGGUGAACUGUUGUGUACUCACCUUUGGUCUAAUAAUUUUCCCAUUAUCUUCAAACUGUUCCCUUUCAAUUGCUACCAUUGUUAUGCAUUUAAUAUUUCGUCUGUAAGAAACAUUUCAGUUUAUCCCUAUCCAUAUAGGCCAAUUCCCCUGAGUGUAAGAGGUUAAGGAGUUAAGAGAAUUACUGUAGAUGGUUACUGUAGACGAUUGCUCUUCUCUUAUCCUUAAACCCUCUUUUCCUGCCUUGCAUCCUGGCUAAAGAUCCCAGUUCAGGAAGAGUUCAGUCUGUCAUAUUCUUAUCAGCUCCAGCGCCCAGUUAGAGGAAACGAAGAGGACUGAGCAGCAGCAGCACUAG